ACUAUAAAAAGGGAAAACUAACGUUUACUGCAUAAAAUUCCAGUAAAGAAAUAUUUUUUUCUUCACAUUCAAGACAGAUCACAGCGCCUGUGCAGAGAUUAGCAGGUGAUGUGAUUCAGAUCUGAAGCUCACGGAAACUGUGUGACGAAGUCACAUGAAAAUCAGCGCCUUUUUCACGAUACGACCCCGGUUUCCAUCCUUCAUCUCAUUCAGGUAACUGCUUCUUUGCGGUUCAUGUGCGCUCGCCUUUGAUUGCGCUCAAUCCUUCUGCGCAAUCGGAUUUUGGGUGUCCGUGAGCCCCAAAGUUAGCAGAGUUACUUUUUCUGGGUUGAAUUUGCGGUGUAUAUCAGCUUAAAGUUCUCUGUUUUAUCUUCUGCUCAACUCGUUUUUCUUCAAGAACGCGUUUUUAGGGUUGCCCAGUUGUGAAUUUUCAAUUUUUGCAUGCUUUUUUGUUAAGAUUGGUUUGUAUUAUAGGUUUUGGAGGUGGUAGUUGUUGAAAUUAAGGUAUUGUGGUUGUUGUGUUGUGAAUUAAUUGGUGUAGAAUUGGUUUGAAUUAGGAAGUUUUGUUGAAUAGUUUGGAAUUGAAAAUGGGGGAUAAGUUCUGUGUGGAUGACAGUGAUAGGGCUUUGGUUGAAGGGGUGUUAGGGAGGCAUGCUGUUGAUUUCUUCACUUGGUCAGCUUCAAACAAUGUUUUGUCAGAUUUUGUGGCAUCUAGUGGGAGUUUGGGGGUGCAGAGGGAGCUAUGCAAGAUUGUAGAGGAUUCUGAUUGGGCUUAUGCCAUCUAUUGGCAAGUUGCCAAGUCGAAAUCUGGGAAAUCUGCCUUGAUUUGGGGUGAUGGGCAUUGUUCAGAGCUCAAUAGGAGGCUCGGUGAGGAGAUGAAUGUGAAUCAGACAUUAGUGAAUGGGGAUAAGAAGAAACAGGUUCUUCGGAAGAUUUGUGGGUGUUUUGGUGGAUCGGAAGAGGAUAAUGUUGGCAACAAGUUGGAUUUCGUUUCGGAUAUGGAGAUGUUUUAUCUCACGUCCAUGUAUUAUGUGUUCCCGUUUGGUGUUCCUUCUAGUCCUUCUCAGUCGUUUAAUUCCAGUAGAACGAUAUGGGCUGCUGAUGCUAGGAGUUGUUCAGAAAAUUACCAAUCGAGAUCACAUCUAGCGAAGUUGGCCAAGUUCGAGACACUCGUGUUUGUCCCGCUUAAGUUUGGGGUUGUGGAGCUUGGUUCUACAAAAGCAAUUCCCGAAGACCAGAACGUGAUUAAGAUGGUUCAGAAAAUGGUGGUGGUAUCUGCUCAUGCUCCGGCAAAACCAAUUCCGAAGAUAUUCGGGCAAGAACUUAGUCUUGGAGGGGCAAAGUCGUCGUCGGGGCCAAUCAGCAUCAGCUUUGCCCCGAAACUGGAAGAAGAAUUGGGCGGGCAUCCUUCAGAUUCGUAUGACAUAAAUGCAUUAGGUAGUAGUCAAGUUUAUGGGAACUCGUCGAAUGGAUAUCGAAGCGAUGACGGGGACGGGAAACUGCUUCCCGGGGUAAAUCAAGUAAUGGUCGGAGCCCUAAAUUCUGGUUUUGAACAAGCGAGCGAGGAUGCUUUGCUUCAACCCGAUGUUCAGAAACCGAGAAAGAGAGGCCGGAAGCCCGCCAACGGGAGAGAAGAACCGCUAAACCAUGUAGAAGCCGAGAGGCAGAGGCGGGAGAAGCUCAAUCAACGGUUCUACGCAUUAAGAGCAGUCGUCCCGAAUAUCUCAAAGAUGGAUAAAGCAUCUUUGCUCGGUGAUGCCAUUGCAUACAUCACCGAUCUCCAGGCAAGGGUUAGGACGAUGGAAGCCGAGAGGGAGAUCCCAACUAAUCAGCCAAAGCCACUUAGUGUUCAAGAUAUCGAAUUUCAUCAAAGGGCAGAUGAUGCUGUCAUAAGCGUAGGCUGCCCUUUGGAUACUCAUCCGAUUUCUCGAGUUAUAAAGGCGUUUCAAGAACAUCAAGUAACAGCGCAAGAAUCUAGCGUGGCCAUAUCUGAAAAUGGCGAAGUGAUUCAUACAUUCUCUAUCCAAACUCAGGGCGCCCCCGCUGAAGAGAUGAAGGAAAAACUGGCUGCUGCUCUGGCCAAGUGAUUCCGUCGUAAACUAUGUAUUGUACUACAUAGAUCAGGUUAAUCAUGUAUACUAUACAUUUGUUGUUUAUAUAGCAGAAACAUCAUGUUUCCUAGGUUACAGUUGAUGAUUUGCAUAAAACCGAAGAAAUCUUGCUUGCUUGUUCAUCCAGAUUCGCUGCAUGCUUUCUAGAGCAUUUGAUCAAGAACUGUAAUGGAGGCAAUUUUAUAUUCUCCCUUGAUAUAGAUUGCUAGAGGAAUAUUGUUGUGUAGAUUAUGCUCUGCAGUUUCUCAAAGAAUCAGAUUUUGUUACAUUGUGCUUUUA